AUGAUUCUAAUAUACACAAUGGGUAUGUUUGGUGGUGGACUCAUUGUUCACAUCUACCAUGUACAACAUGAAGAGAAUGCGUAUACUACAGCAUUGUUUGCAGCUGCCAAGUCACCGAAACUCAUCACAAACGACAAUGCAUACCAACAGUUGAUUCAUUCAAACGAUUCAAUACACGAACAUGCAUUACAACAUUUAGCUGAAGCAACAUUGGCCAAUGCAUUAGCUAAACAAGUACGUGUAUUCUGUUGGAUAUUAACAAUGCCCAAAAAUCAUCAAUCAAAAGCUGUACAUGUGAAAGCUACAUGGGCUGGUCGAUGUAAUAAGUAUUUAUUCAUCAGUAGUGAAACGAAUGACAGUCUUCCUUCCAUAGCUGUGAUCAAUUCGGAAGGUCGUAACUUAUUAUGGAAUAAAACAGCUGGGGCGAUAAAGUACAUUGCAAAACAUUUUGCCAAUGAUUAUGAUUAUUUCAUGAAAGCCGAUGAUGAUUCAUAUGUGAUUGUAGAGAAUUUACGCAAAAUUUUACAGAAACAAAAUCCUGAUAAACCAUUUAUUAUGGGUAGACGAUUCAAGCCAUUCGUUAAACAAGGAUAUAUGUCCGGUGGUGGAGGAUAUGUACUAUCUCGUGCUGGUCUAUUGAAUAUAGCUAAUGGUUUAGAAACUAAUCCAACAUGUCGAAGUAAAGAAAACGUAUUCGCUGAAGAUGUGAAACUUGGAUCAUGCGCGGAAGCUACAAACGUCACAGUAGUCGAUAGUCUCGAUGCAGAAGGACGUGAAUGCUUUCAUCCAUUCUCUCCAUUACAUAUGCUAACAGAUAAUUCAAAAACUUAUCCCGACUGGUUUCUGGAAUACAAUUACCACAGAAUCGACACAGGAUUCAAUUGUUGCAGUGAUUACGCUGUCUCAUUUCAUUACAUUGAACCAGAAGAAAUGUAUCUCUAUGAAUAUAUGCUCUAUCAUUUACAUCCUUACGGAAUACAUCGAGAUUAUAUGGAUUUAAUCAAUUAUUUACAACAGAAACGAAACUCCAUGAUACCAUAG